AUGAAGUCAAGCUUCGCAACUUUGAUUCUUGCAGGUGUACCGGUGGCAUUUGCCCAGGUCAAAAAUGCAGCAUUCGGGUUUGCUGCAGGAACGACGGGUGGAGGGACGGCGACACCAGUCUACCCAACAACCACGGCUCAGCUUGUCUCCUACUUGACUGACAGCUCGCCACGGGUGAUCAUGCUUGACCGGACGUUUGAUUUCCUGCAAACGGAAGGCAGCACCACUGCUCAAUGCUGCAGCGACAACAGAACUACCAAAUGUCCCGGAGGUACCUCAGCUGGACAGCUGUGGAUCGGUGACACUUGUGACUCAGGAACCUGGCAGACAUGUACAUACUGGAAUGCACCCAGGAAACCAAUUGAUGUCAAGAGCAACAAGUCCAUUGUCGGCGUGGGGAGCAAGGGAGUGAUUCGGGGUAAAGGAUUGCGCUUUUCAGGGGGAGUCAGCAAUAUCAUCGUUCAAAAUAUCCACUUCACGGAACUAAACCCUCAAUUCGUCUGGGGAGGAGAUGCUCUCACCCUAGAUAAUACUGACAGGAUCUGGAUUGACCAUAACAAGAUAUCCUUGGUUGGCCGACAGAUGAUCGUUUCAGGCUGGGGUAAAGCUGGCCGAGUAACCAUCUCAGAUAAUGAGUUCGAUGGCAGAACUACGUGGUCAGCCGGUUGCAAUGGCAAGCAUUACUGGGCUGCUCUACUUAUUGGCAAGGAGGACUACAUCACCCUUGCAGGAAACUAUCUUCAUGAUCUCUCCGGUCGUGCACCUCAUCUCGGCACGGAUAACGCUGCUAGCGUUGUUCAUGCCGUCAACAACUACUUCAAGAACAUUGGGGGCCAUGCAUUCGAUAUCGAAAAGAACACUUGGGCUCUCCUCGAGGGUAACUACUUCGAGAACGUCGACACGACCCUUACUCCCAACACUUAUACUUCAGGCGGCCAAACUUACUUCAUCCAAACUGUGGCCGAUGCAAGCAAUGCGCAAAGCGCACUCGGAUAUAUUCCAGAAUGGAACCGACUUGCUGGAACGUCGAAGGCAAUGAACCCAAUUACCAGCUCGCAGACACUGAGUAAGUUCAGUCAAUACAAGAGUCAGAUCACGUGGAGUCACUGGAAAGUUGAAAAUGUCCCGACCAACGUCCUGAAUAACGCCGGAGUUGGAAAGGUAUAG